AGUAAUACUGUAGUUAUUGGUGGGUAAGCCAGUGAAGUUCGGGCUUCAAAGGGGAAUAAGGACCAAUUCAUAAUCCAUCUCUUCGUCCUGUUGUGGGUGUGUUCUUGUCUUCUUACCGCCUCCUCACAUCUCCACAUACAAUAUAGAAAAGCUCCCGUGUUUCAGUAGCUCCAGAAACAGCUGUCCAUUGGUGUGUGCAGGAUACAUUGGGGAGUUCUUUGCUUUGGUACAUUUUGGUGGGACUCAUAAUAGUAAGCGGACAUUUCCUUUUGAGUGAACAUUUCCUGGAAAUUUUCUUUUUCAUUUCUUAGGCCCAUUUAUAUUGGAGGAUGACAUUGUGUCUGUGACUGAGCAGCCCCAACUUUAAUAUCUACUGAAAGUGCUUCCACUUAAGGUUUCCUCCUCUGCCACCCGAGUCUCAGUUGUAGCUUCUUUAAAGAACAAGCCAAGUUUUCUGGGGUAAAAGUGGAGGGAUGCAGUUACGUUGAAAUCUCAUGUCUGUGGAUAAGUUUUUUUCUGUUACAUAUCAGUGACUCUGGGAUAUAUUUUCUAGAAGCUGAAGAGAAGUUUGAGUUAUUUUAAUGUCUUGAGCUGUAAUUGUUCAUUAGUGACUAACAUCACACAUGGCAUUUGCUGAUACAGUAAAAUAUAUUAGCACUGUAAGUUAAGGGAAUAGCUUUCUCCUAAAGACCAAAAAAAAAAAAAAGAUAAGAGUUUUAACAAAAAGCAGCCAGAUUUUGCCAGUGCAUGUCACUGGAGAACAUUCAGUGAUCUCAACGUUGAGACUCUUUAGAGUAAGUGUGAGUUGCAAAUGGAGCCUUCCAAGCUGGCUUUGUUCAGAAUCUUCUCCACCACCACCUUUUGACUCAGUUUACAUAUAAAAUACAACUUGGGUGGUGAUUUAGUAUUUUGUAUGCAGGGCAGAAUUUUGAACAAUCUGACAGAUAAUAGUUUUAACCUUACCUACAAGGCAAGCUUGAAUGGGUUUGACAUACUUACUUAGAAGGUGUUGUAACUUGUCAUCUUAGUUAUAAUGCUAUUUAUUAAUAAAAUGAGCGUUUAUAUCAUUUUGUGAAACCUCUAUUCUUUCCCCCCACAGUUUCGGUGCUUUCAUUUGAGAAACACCAGCUGACAGUAGCUUAGUGCCUUAUAACCCACUAACCUCAGGCCCAUUUACUUUGGAGGAUAACAUUGUGUCUGUGACUGAGCAGCCCUAACUUUAAUAUAACCGUUACCCUCUUUGAGUAAUUAUUUUCUUUUAAUAAAAAGUUUAGGAGAUUAAAAUAGAAACCACAGAUGUUUUCAGCCAUUGUGAGGUGCGUAUACCAGUUUUAAAAGAUUAAAAGGAAAUGGCUGUCUUCCCCUGUGGAUGACCUUUUGUUACUGACAGGAUAUAGCUUGUGCUAAUUUUUGUAAUGUUAAAAUAGUGAGAUAAUUCUUCAAUAUCAUAUUGUAUUUGUUUAGAACAUCAGCAUCCUACUAUUAAUCAGAAUCACCUAAGUGUGAAUAUAGUAGAUAAAUGUAUUUUCCCCUAAAAACUGUCUCUUUGGUGUGGAUACUCUAUACAGAAUAUCUUUAUCUUUUCUAUUGAUUAAAACAUAAUUUAAAAAUACUAAUUCAGAGUAUUUGAAAAAAUAAAGAAGUUAAGCCAGGAUAGGUAAUCAGGUUUGGAUUAUUUUUCUUCUAAAAAGAAAUCUCAAUUGAGAAAGAAAUGUUGAAAGUUACUGUCAAAUGUAUUCACUCACUUUUACUCCAUAAGAUUUCCAUAUCAUGUAAUUCCAUCUAUGGAUCUACUUUUUUCAUCUCUUUCACGCGUUUGUUUGCCCAUGAAUUCUCUGUGUAGGUGUGGAAAAUUAAUUUCUUCCCAAGUUCUGUUGAAAAUCUGUUGAAGUUGACAUAUUGCUUUAUGUAUGGUGAGAGAAUUAGAGCAACUAGCAAAUCUUUUUGCGGUUCAAGCUACAAGAACAUUGCCCCACCUUGCAUCAGCAGUUCCUGAUCUUAAAAAUGGCAGAGGAAUGGAAACUGUAACCCUGCAUGCUGUGUGGUUUGCAUUGUUAACCCAAGUUUGCUUGUCUGUUUCCUAAUUCAAACAGAGCGUCAGAAGCCAUGAUGCAUGUAGUGUGUGUGUGCUGCAGCUGGAGUGGGCCCCAGACCAGAGAAAAGCGGUAAAGAAACUACCUCACUGGGAAUGUCAUCAUUACCAACUUCAGAUGGAUUUAACCAUCAAGCCCAUCCUCCAGGACUGAGUCCUGAGAUUGGUAAUCCUCCAAGUCUUGCUCACUCUGUCUCUGCUUCAGUCAGCCCUAUCCAGCCCAGUGACCCAGACAGCAUUGAACCUAAUGCUGUGAAGGCUUUGAAGGCUUCAGCUGAAUUCCAGAUAACCUCUGAGCAAAAAGAACAUCUUCCUCCACAGGGUCUUUCUGAUUGUGCUCCUUCAGCAGACAGUGCUCCAACAAACCAGAGUCCAGCUAUGCCUUUGCAGAAUUCACUCGAAGAAGCCAUUGUUGCAGAUCAUCUAGAGAAAUCUGCUGAAAGAAGCAUCCAGGGCCUCAAAUCUCAUCUCUGCACAAGACAGGAAGCUAGUUUAUCUGUCACAGCUACUGGGAUGCAAGAACCGCAGAGGCUUACGGGGGAGAAAGUUUGGCACCCAGAAUAUCAGGACCCAAGUCAGGUGAGUGGCCUUCAGCAGCAUGAAGAACCAAGGAAUGAGCAUGAACAGAGUGCUUCACAUGACCAAGACCAUCCUUGUCACGCAGGGGACCUUGAACUUCUUGGAGAAAGGCAACAAAGCAGUGCUGGUUUGGAAGCUGCAAUGAAAGGAGACAGGCUGCAGCAGAACGUGGACCUUCCGGGUACAGGGAAAGAUAUUCUACCUUCAGGAUGCCUUGGCUGCUCAAAUUCAGAAACACUUAUGGAAGUAGAUAUUGUUGAACAGUCCCUAGUUGCUGUGCCGAAUUCAGGAGGUCAGAAUACCAAUGUCAAGAACAUUGGUGCAUCUGAUCUCAUCUUAGAUAAUCCCUUGAUGGAAGUAGAAACAUCAAAAUGUAACCCUUCCUCUGAAAUUUCAAGUAAUUCCAUUUCUACUCAGGAUUUACAGCUUCUAGAAAGUAAUGUUGAAAUGUCUGAAAUGAGUAAAGAAUGCGGGGAUCGCCCUUCCUCUUUAAUAAGUCUGUGUGGCAGUUGUCAGCCCUCUAUAGAGUCAUCAGAGGAAUCUUGCUCAUCCUUAACGGCAGCCUUGAAGGAACUUCAUGAACUUUUGGUCAUUAGUAGUAAACCAGCUUCAGAAAACACAUCUGAAGAAGGUAUCUGUCAAUCAGAGACAGUAAUUGAGGGCCAAACAGGUAUUAAGGACCUUUUUGAAAGAUGGACCCAAAAUGAGCAUCUUACAGCAACCCAGAGUGAACAGUGUUCACAGGUCUCCUUUCAUCAGGCCAUAUCUAUAUCAGCGAAGACAGAAGAAUUAACAGACACUUCAGCUGACACUGGAGUGGAAGAUGGAGAAACUGUUAACUUGAGGGGUCCAGGUGAUGGCCUGUUAACUGAUAAGGAAGGUGUCCUCAAGUCCAAGGAGUCAGUAAACAAGAGUAGCUCUGUUACUGUAGCCUCAGCAGAAGCGUCUAAUCAACUACAUUGCACCUUAGGUGUAGAGAUUUCACCCAGACUGUUAGCAGAUGAGGAGGAUACACUCAAUCAGACUUCUGAGCAAACUGAGUCCUCAUCACCCACUUGCAUCCUGGUUAAAGAUUUGGGUCAGGGCACACAGAAUCCAGUGACAGACAGGCCUGAGGCCAGGGAACAUGUCUGUCCUGAAGCUGCAGGGCCACUUCUAGGAUUUGAACCAUCUACCAGCCAUCCGUCACCAAGUCCCUCCUUUCUUGCACCAUUAAUUUUUCCUGCUGCAGACAUUGACCGGAUUCUCCGUGCCGGCUUUACUUUGCAGGAAGCUCUUGGGGCUUUGCAUCGAGUUGGUGGAAAUGCAGACCUUGCACUUCUUGUCUUGCUAGCAAAGAACAUUGUAGUUCCUACGUAACCAUGGAAAAGUGGGCUAGACCAUACUCUACUCCCUUUAAAAAAAAAAAGCUGUAUAUCUACACACACACAUACACACACUCACCACAUAUACAGUAUAUGUAGAACCCUGCAAGCAGAAUGUUGAGCCAGAUUUUUUUUUUUUUUUUUUAAAGAUUUUUUUUCGGCCAAAGUAAUUUAUGAUCUCUUGUCUGAUGAAUUUGUCUAUCCUAUUUGUUAAAAUUUGGGCCUUUUUAAAUGUAUUGGCAGUAUGUGCACACAGAAGCUUUUUAUUAUCAUUAAGAUGAUGUAUUCUGGAAUAAAAUUGAUGGUUUUGUGUAUAGCAUACCCUUUUAGAUUGAGAGUGAGUGCUUUAAAAAGCAGAAGCCAUGAGAAAAUCCCACCACCCAUGCAGCUGAAAGCAUGAUGUGGCUGUGUCUGUGCUGUAGGCAAGGUAUGGCUUAUUGACUCAUCUUUUGGUUUACAAACUUGAUCACAUGGUUUGAUGUUUGGAAUGCAUUAUGAUUCAUCGGUUGUAACAGGAAAUUGAAGAAUAGUUGAAGAAUAUUUCCUGGAGUAGCAUGUUUCCAUUGGUGUGGUUAGGAUUUGACAUUUUAAUGCGAUGAGUUGGGAGGACUUAAAACUUGGGCUGCUUCGUACAUCACAGGCUACUGCAUGGAUUGCCAGAUACCUUGGGUGGGAUUUUGUGAGGGAAUUAACAUCAGAGUGCAACAUGGUGCUACCCAGAUUAAAAAAAGAAAGGAAAAACUGUAAUCGAAUUUGCCAAUGUUGAUGAUGUUUCAACAACUGUUGUGAGUGAAAUAAUGCUCUAAACACUGGAAUUUACUAGUGAUUGGGUUUGGUAGCAUCUCACCGAUCACAUCUCAACCCUUAAUGACUCAUGGUGAACUUAUGUUCAGCUGAUGGGUUGGUUGCCAGCAGUUUAUUUCCUUUCCAAGCUCAUCUUCUGGGAAGUUCUUCUAAAGCUCAGUUUGAGCUGUGUUCUGAGUGAAAUAUUCAAGUGUAAUAACCUUGUCACUGGUUCAUCUUGGUGCUUGGAAUGGUCAGUCUAUUUGGUGAGUGUCUUCAUUGGCAGUGGAAAUAAUAAUUGGAGUUUCUGACUUAAGUGGCCUUGGUAGAGUUUUCCAUCCCUUUCUUUCCUCAGGAGUUUCUUUUUUAAAGCAAGAUUUGUCAUAUUUGUGUUUACCAUGUCAAGAUAGAGUGGGGCAUAGUAUAUAGAUGUAUUUAUUGUGGCCUUUUUUUAUAUGAGGACUAGCCCUUGGAAAUCAUUGUCCUGUGGGCCCCACUGUGCAAUAAUUCUACUGGGUAGAUUUUAGAUUUUUUUUUUUUUUUCCUGAAAGAUAAACUUAUAUACCUAGCAUACCUAGCAGGAAUAUGGAGUCCUGGUUUUAUUGAAGAGAAUUUUGAGAAUGAUAAUUCCUGAUUCCAGGUGAUGAUUUGCAAUGUGUCUGAAACAGAAGCUUCAGAAGGGUGAUUUGUGAACUUUUAAUGUUAAGUGAUUUUUGUCUAAAGUCUUACUCUCUUUGAGAGUUAUUCUUUUCGUCAAAAUUUACGUCAUUGAGCACAAUCAAAAUGGAGGCUCAUAUCUCAGGAGUUUUUUAAAUCUUAAUUUGGGGGCACUUAGACAUUGCCCUUCUUCUACCCUAUUCCAUCUUCUUUCUUUCUGCUGUGAUGUUUGUAUGUGUAUUAGGAGCUGUGAGUGAUAUGAUGGAAAGUCCCAUAGAUUCCUCGUGAUUCUCUGAAGUUAGGGAAUGGUUGACAGAAAGAGCUGUUGCUUACUGUGUUCAGGGUGGCGCUCUAGACAAGUUAGCCAGAUUGUCUUUAAAGUGUUCUUUUAGACAAUCCUGUGCUGUAGACCCUUUUGCCUGCCCUACGCCAAAGAUACAAGAUGCACUAGGAACCUGCUAAUAGGAUUUCUGUCAACCGGCUCUUAGAGCUGUGACUGCAAUUAAGUAGUGGUGCUAGGAUUGAAACAAAACUUAGUAGCCAUGCGAUGGGCCCCUGAUUUGCUUUAUGGGAAUGACUGGGAAUUUAUUCUGAGCUUAUCAAUCUUUAGGGUUACAAAGUGGGGUGAGUGUAGGGUGGGAGGACUUAUUGAUGACAAUAGACUCCUCCAAAAGGCCUUCUUUAUAAAGAAUGGCCUCUUAGUUUUCUGUACAAGCAGUUCCUCUGAACAGUGCUCAGAGACAUAACCACUGAAUUUUCACAGUGUGGAGAUUUGGGGGUCAAUCCCAGGUGGGCUAUAGAAUAUCAAUCCAGAAAAGGUUUCAUUACAAUAGCUUUUAUUGUAUGUAUAUGUAUAUUUAUUUCUAGGAGAAAAUUCAAUAGGUAGGCCUAUAGUUGUACACGUAUUCUUAUUAGGAAUACUUUGGAUGAGCUUAACCCAUUUGCCAAAUAUCCCUGUCCUUUUUCAUCAUUUAUUUUUCAAUUUAUAGUUGCUUUUGAUUUUUUUUAAAUCUUCUGUCCACUGUUUGUGUGAAAGUAAAAAUUGUUGACAUUGUCAGAAUUUUGAAUAAUUUUUAAAUUUAGCAGUUCUAAAACACAAGGAAUUAAGGAACAUGACAUUAGUGAACCUUCAUUGUCGAUUUUUAUGCAAAGUGCAGAAAUUAGAGAUUAACUUCUCCGAGAAUAAGGUAAAAUCAUUGUGAACUCCUCUGAUUGCCAGCAGAACUGGUGAGGCCAGCCAUUACCAGUAUGGGCUGCUUUGUUGGAUAGCUCUUUUGUCAUAAUCAGUAACGGACAGCCUUGUGAACAGUGCUUACCUCCAAGAGUGGUGUCUGUUUAUUCACCAAAGAGAGGAGAAGAUUUCCUUCCAAGUUGGUUCCUGUGUGUAAGAAUGUGUUUGGUAACCAGACAGCUAUAGGCUCUAGAUUUUGCCAUUGUCACUGGUAAGAAUUAUUUCCACUUGUACCUCUUUAGGCAUCCAGACAUCGUCUAAUCCUUCAUCUAAGCCUUCAUCCCACUGUUUGGGCUUUAUCCAUUAUCAUAAAGAUUAUCAGUUGCUUAGCAAAGGGAACUAGAUAGAUGGUAAGUGUGUGAGGAAACUGUUCUGCCUUGCAGCCUACAAAACUUUCCAGAGCUCCUUGUCUCAAUGCAUACUGAAGGGAGACACACACCAUGUAUUUUUUCCCAAAGGGUUUCUACAAUAAGAGAGUUAUAUGAAAAGAUAUAUGAGACUUUGUGUUACCGAUUUUAUGAUAGCCAGUUGAAGUGGAAUCUGCCUGUUUUUCCCUUAGCACAGCUUUUCUAUCUCUAGCAAAAGCCAUAAAACUUUGGGUUGGUUUAAAACCAUUAACUCGUGUAUAUAUACAUGUGUGAUAGAUAUCCUGCAGUUAAUUUUGCAAAGAUUAAAAAGCAAACGUUUGUUAAUCUUCAGAUAACAGUCUUCGGUUAUGGCGAAGACUUUGAUCCCACCAUGUUUAUAAAAAACAGCCUCGCAAGUCACUGGCCAGAAGAGUGGCAGUACAUUCUGAUUUCCUUUUCCUUUCGGUCUGUCACCUGCAGAGCGUAAGCAGGGCACGUGAACUGCUACAUGUUUCCAACUUGUUAUCACUGGUAGCAUAUCAUAAGAGAAGCUAACUAGAUUAUGCAUUCUUUAGCACAAAUACCAAAAAGGCAAAUUUCUCCUUUGAAUUUGGUGACUUAGUGUAGUCUGUGGCUGAACUAGAAACAAACACAGUUCUCAAAGAGUUCCCCUUCUGAGAAGAUGAAGGUUACCUUUCACAUUAGGAGAUACAUAAAUUAAAAGAUCUGCUUUCUUUCUGAAAGAUUUAAACAUGCCGAUUUACAACAAGGUAAACUCAAAGCAUGUCCUUGAGAACCAGAAAUGUCAAAUCAUGGCUCAGGUUCCCCAGUAGUGUUCCCUCGAUGGAUGUUACUUGGGAGUUAAUCAUAUAAAUCAUAGAACUUAAGGGAGGAACCUUUGAUGUGCUUGAUUUUCUCUUGUGCCUUAGUUUCUCCAAAUAGCAGAGGCAUCAAGUUCGAGUCGGUGCUAAAAGUCGAAGUAUCAUUGGGGUGGGGAAGGGUGGAGAAUGUCUGAAAAUGGCCCUCCUGGAGAUAGGCAUGUAUGGAGUGUCCUAAGGGCUCACCUUUAUUGUUGAUUGAUUUAUCCUGCACCAAAUCAUUUGAUUUCCCCAGAAGGAUUAGAUUUCCAUAGAAGUAUUGUGACAUGGCUUCUUUGCAUCAGGCAUACAAAAAAAGCAAAAAUGGUUUCUAUGUGUUUAUUAUGUUCUUUGUUGUGCUAUCAGUAUUACAGUGGUGAAAGCAGAAGUUCAAGAAAAUCUAUUUGAACAAUGAACUGUUAAACUGUCUCAGACUGCAGUUUGAAUCUUUGAAUAAGAAUUUGUUAUUCACUCAUGAAACAUUAAGUGACUGGUGAGCGUUGAGGAUAACAGCAGUACUGAAACAAACGAAACUGCCCUGUAAAGCUAUCAGUCUCGUCAAGAGACAUGAAAUAAAUCUUAGCUUCAAGUGCAAGAUCUAUUUUUGCCUAUUAGCAUCAUUUAUUUUAAAAGUCGUACUAGGAUGAUUGGGUUCAAAUUCAGAGAAAACGGAAAAGCAGGCUCAAAAUGGAAUUAGAAUCUGAGAACCUAAAACUGCUCUUAAAAAUGUUUUUGAAAAAAUGAGAUUGGAGAAACCAACAAAAAAUGUUCUAACAUUUGGUAGAAAUACUUGAAGAGAUUAAGGACAGUUCAGUUUACACUGUUGGUGGAGGGGGAACAGGCAGGAUAAAAGUGCAAGUAAGUGGAAGAUGACCUAACGUGCACCAGGGACAGUCAGCGUUUCCUCCCAUCACAGCUCCUUCCAUGCAGGGUGGAAGUAUGGACUGCUGUGGCAUCCUUUCUGCCGUCUUGGAGCCAGCUGCUCCGAAAUACUAACCAUCUGGGCCAACAAGACUUAGCAGAGAAUUCUGGAAGAUUUGCUGUUUUAAAGCAGUUGAGUGCAAAAUAUGAAAAUAGAACUCAAGAGCAGAGAAUGUAGCAAGCAAUGGUUCUGGGACUAGAUGAGGGGCAGAAUUUAUUUACAAGAAAAUUCAGGCCUCUGCCAAACCUCUUCUGCAGGACAGCUCCAUCAAAAGGACAUUCUUGAGCCCAUCACCAUGUAUGUGGUAAUCCUGAGGAUACAGGUAGAAUUUCUGAACCUUGACUACAGUGACUUCUGAAGCUUACAAUUAGAAUAUCCACGCAGGUUUGUCAGCUACAUACUGGUAAUCUAGACCUUCUGGGGACUAAAAUGAGAGCGGGUAUAGCAGUUUUAAAGCACAGUCUUACGGAAUGAAAUCUACAGAGAAAGUUGGUGCAAGGGUGUGGAAGAUGGGAAGUUUCUCUAAAAUAAGGAGACUUGGGGUGGGGAUGUGGAAUAUGAAAUUAGAAUAAUUUUUACAGAAUUAUAUUUCUCUUCAUAUGUACCAUAGAGAGGUCUUCAUUAGCUAACUUGGGAAAGAGGUGUGCUGGUAGAUUUUUUUCCUGGGAAGAUACAUAACAAAUUAUUUUGUUUACCAGGAGUUUGUUUCACAUUCAGCCUUGAAGGAUGCAUCAGUGGCUUAAAGGAAGGUAGACCUCUCUAGUUUCCUAUAUAUUCAGAUCAAUUCAGCAUACUGUUUGCUUUUUUUAAACUGUGCACCUACAAUGAACGUUGAAUGCUCAUUUAUAUUCAAAAUUUCCUUUCCAUGUUAAGUUGGGCUAAUGGCCUUUGCACUCAAAUAAGGUUUGUUUACCAGUUUUGUAGCCAUAUUUGGCAAAUUUUAGCAAGUAGAAACCCCUUUUUUCCCUCUUAUUUGUUCUUGGAAUUGUUCUUUUAUUGCUUUCCUGAUUUUUCUUUAAGCUUUGAGACUACUGCAUCUUACAAGAACUAGGCUGAUUGGCAAAAUAGGCUUGCCAAUAGCUCUUUCACUCCCAUAAGGCUUUGGUUUUGAGAGUUGGGAAAACUCUGAGAAUUUAAGGGAACCAAACUCAGGAAUCCCACAGUUGGUUGCAUUGUGCCAUUGGCUUAGGGGCUGGACACAGGACCUGUCUGCCACUGAGUGAGCCAGAUGCAUUUGGGUUUGAGUUGUUGUCACAUACUGAAAUGUAAGUCAGCCCUAAGUAAUCAAAACACUUUUAUUUUAUUUUUCUUUUUUUAUUAGGAACUUUCUGAAGAAAAAGUGAUGUGUAAAACAUUUGAUAUUUAAGACAAUAAAGUUUUUAUCGUAAGA